GCUGCCAACUGCAACCGAACGGUCAACCGCCGAAAAAAAAAAAAAAAUUAUUCAAGCAGCAGACGGCCAUAAGAUAUCCUGCAGAUGUCCGGCCAACAAAUUCGGCAACAAAUGGACCAGGACCCGGACUCGGUGUUGCUGCGGAGCGGCCCAGUCAUUGACGCUACCGGCCUUCUCCUGUUGAUUUCCACCAUUACCGUUUUCCUCUUGCCUCUGUUCAUCUACUUUCCCCCCGUACCCCCAUCACAGCGCGAUGCACUGCUUGAAACACAUUCGCCCAUCGGUGUGAAGCACAGCAAAAGCAAGAAGAAGACUACUACAACCUCACCAUCAAAAAUCACCAUCGACCAGCUAUGGAUCUACCCAGUCAAGUCAUGCAAAGGCAUCCAACUCACCUCGAGCAAGGUGCUCCCCUACGGCCUGGAGUUUGACCGCCUCUACACCUUUGCUCAACUCAAAUCCCCUUUUCCUCUCAGCACCAACCCAUCGUCAGCAGAAGACAAGCUCCAGCCUCAAGAAAGCUGGGAAUUCAUCACCCAGCGGCAGUUUCCCCUCCUAGCCACCCUCACCGUGGAGCUUUUCAGCCCGGACCCGGUCAAAGCCCGGGGUAAACCGCUCUACUCGGAUGCCAGCAUCAAAGACUCCUUUCUCCUCAUCAGCUUCCCCUGGCAAGAGCCAGGCCUCCGCGGGGUCGUCAGCUGGGUGGCCGCCAAGCUCGCACGGGGCCGCGGUGCGGUCCCGCAGAAGCAGCUUGUCCUCCCGGUGAGUUUCCCGUCGCAAGACGAGAUUGAGUCCCAAGGGUACGAGAGGGAAGAGGUCAGGAUCUGGAAGGACGUGGUGUCGGCACUGAACAUGGAAAAGGACCUACCUCGGGAGUUGGCGCUGUACCUGGGGGUGAGCAACAGGCUCGGGCUUUUUCGAGUCGACCCGGGCCGAUUGAGAGAGGUGCAUAGGUGUGCGCCGGGGAGGGAGGAGGCGGGUUACCAGCCUGUGACUGGAUUUCAGGAUGCUUAUCCACUACAUCUCCUUAACCUCUCCAGCAUCCGCGACUUCAGCGUGAAGAUCACUAAAGACGAGAAUCUCGAACAAGACUUGGACGCGCGGAGGUUUCGCGCCAACAUCAUUGUCGACGGUCCCGAGGAAAACAACCCCCCUUAUGAUGAGGAGACGUGGAAAAAGGUUGGUUUUAAGAUGAGUAAUGAUGCUGAGGGGGGGAAGAGCAAGCCUGCUGCUGCGACUUUUCAUGUGUCGUGCCGGACGGUGAGGUGCAAGAUGCCGAAUGUGAAUCAAGAUAGUGGGUUUAGGCAUCCGGUUGAGCCGGAUAGGAGCUUGAGGAAGCUGAGGGAUGUGGAUGAGGGGGCGAGGCUGAAGGGGUGUUUGGGGAUGCAGUUGACGCCCUUGUUUGAUGGGGAGGAGAAGUUGGAGAGCUGGGUUGAGGUUGGAAUGAGUGUGGAGGUGGGAGAGAGGGGCGGGCAUAGGUAUAUUAAUCAGUAAGAGAGCCUGGGCACUGAUUGAGAUGAGAGGGAGAGUGGGUGAUGAUAGAGAGAGUCAGUUGGGGAGGAUGGUUUGAGAGGCGGCGGAUAAGAUAUAUAGAACCAUAAGGCGAUCUGGAUAUUGGCAAGAAAAGGGGAUAGAUGGGGACAGAGAGACAAAAGUUCCUUGUAUAUACAGAGUAGAUUUUGUGUAAUAAUAUAAGACAAUCAGUUCACAGACAAA